UGCUGCGGUCGAUCGGGUAAAUCCUAUAAAUGCCCGACGGUGUCGUCCAACAAGAAGUUUUAACGCGGGGCACCUAUCCCGCGAAUACUUCUCAUUUUUUAAAUCAUCGAGAGUUCAGUGUCGCGUGAAUUAUGUGGAAGAUCCUCUGGACCGCCACUCUUGUGGCGGCCCUCUCAACGUGCCAUGGGCACGCGAGAAGCAAAAGAGCGAUAUACGGAUACGCGCAACCUCAGACAACAUUCCAAGGCUACGAAUAUCCUCAACCUAGCAAUCAGCUCGGUUUUCAAUCAAACAACGAGCAAGUCACUGAGAAACACGAAGCUACUGGAUACGACUACCCAACACCAAAAGAGCCGUUUACGUUUCCACCAAAACCUUCACCCACGCCAUCGCCGGUCACUGGAUACGAAUAUCCAACACCGAAGGAACCGUUUACGUUUCCACCAAGGCCAACACCGCCACCAGUAACACCGAGACCAGUGGUAACAUUUCCACCAAGACCGACACCACCUCCAGUUACACCAAGACCAGUGGUAACAUUUCCACCAAGACCGACACCACCUCCAGUUACACCGAGACCAGUGGUAACUUUUCCACCAAGACCACAACCAACACCAUCUCCCACGCCCUUGGUAACCGGAUAUGAAUAUCCAACACCGAAGGAACCGUUUACGUUUCCACCAAGACCUACACCGCCACCAGUUACGCCAAGGCCGGUAGUAACUUUUCCACCAAGACCUACACCCCCACCAGUUACACCAAGACCAGUGGUAACAUUUCCACCGAGACCGACACCACCUCCAGUUACACCGAGACCAGUGGUAACUUUUCCACCAAGACCACAACCAACACCAUCUCCCACGCCCUUGGUAACCGGAUAUGAAUAUCCAACACCGAAGGAACCAUUCACGUUUCCACCAAGGCCUACACCGCCACCAGUUACGCCAAGGCCGGUAGUAACUUUUCCACCAAGGCCUACACCGCCACCGGUUACGCCAAGGCCGGUAGUAACUUUUCCACCGAGACCAACACCACCUCCAGUUACACCAAGACCAGUGGUAACUUUUCCACCAAGACCGACACCACCUCCAGUUACACCAAGACCAGUGGUAACUUUUCCACCAAGACCGACACCACCUCCAGUUACUCCGAGACCAGUCGUAACUUUCCCACCAAGACCGCAACCAACACCAUCACCUACGCCCCUAGUAACCGGAUAUGAAUAUCCAACACCAAAGGAACCGUUCACGUUUCCACCAAGGCCUACACCACCUCCUGUAACACAAACCAGACCAACACCACCCCCGGUAAUCCAAACAAGACCUCCACCACCAAUUACUCAAAGACCAGAGUACAAUUAUCCAACACCGGGAAAACCGCUCACAUAUCCUCCAAGACCUACACCACCUCCUGUAACACAAACCAGACCAACACCACCUCCGGUAAUCCAGACAAGACCUCCACCACCAGUUACUCAAAGACCAGAAUACAAUUAUCCAACACCGGAAAAACCGCUCACGUAUCCGCCAAGGCCUACGCCACCUCCUGUAACACAAACCAGACCAACACCACCUCCGGUAAUCCAGACAAGACCUCCACCACCAGUUACUCAAAGACCAGAAUACAAUUAUCCAACACCGGAAAAACCGCUCACGUAUCCGCCAAGGCCUACGCCACCUCCUGUAACACAAACCAGACCAACACCACCUCCGGUAAUCCAGACAAGACCUCCACCACCAGUUACUCAAAGACCAGAAUACAAUUAUCCAACACCGGAAAAACCGCUCACGUAUCCGCCAAGGCCUACGCCACCUCCUGUAACACAAACCAGACCAACACCACCUCCGGUAAUCCAGACAAGACCUCCACCACCAAUUACUCAAAGACCAGAAUACAAUUAUCCAACACCGGAAAAACCGCUCACGUAUCCGCCAAGGCCUACGCCACCUCCUGUAACACAAACCAGACCAACACCACCUCCGGUAAUCCAGACAAGACCUCCACCACCAAUUACUCAAAGACCAGAAUACAAUUAUCCAACACCGGGAAAGCCGCUCACAUAUCCACCAAGACCUACACCACCUCCGGUAAUCCAGACAAGACCUCCACCACCAAUUACUCAAAGACCAGAGUAUAAUUACCCAACACCAAAAGAGCCACUGACUUUUCCACCUAGACCGACACCACCACCUGUGAUACAAACGCGACCUCCAACCCCAGGAACGGAAAGGCCCGGAUAUAGCUAUCCAACUCCCAAUAAUCCAUUUACAUUUCCACCAAGACCGACAGAACCGCCUCCAAUUCAAACAAGGCCAACUUCUCCACCUGUAUACCAGACUAGACCACCAAGGCCUGUGACGGAAAAACCUGGAUAUAAUUAUCCCAAUCCAAACGAACCUUUCACAUUCGCCACAAGAACCCCUCCACCUAUAUCAACCCCACCACCUACAAGAUACACGCAACCACCAACUACCAAGAAACCGUUCACGUAUCAACCACCGAGUACAACAAGCAGGCCAUAUACAUACCAAACACCACCAACUACUUUUAGAACCAAUCCGCCAACUUACUUGCCUCCUCAAACAACAUCCAAACCAUUUACUUACCAACCACCAAAUACGACAAGCAGGCCGUACACUUAUCAACCUCCAAAUACUACAAGUAGGCCCUACACUUAUCAAACUCCGAGUACUACGAAGAAACCAUUUACUUAUCAGCCUCCAAAUACCACCAGCAAACCUUACACAUAUCAGCCUCCAACUACAAGCAGGCCAUUCACCUAUCAGACACCACCCACCCCUUCUAGGACCAAUUCCCCAACUUACUUGCCUCCUCAAACAACCUCUAGACCAUUCACUUACCAGCCACCUGGUACUACAAGUAGGCCUUACACUUAUCAACCUCCGAGUACUACAAGUAGGCCUUACACUUAUCAACCUCCGAGUACUACAAGUAGGCCUUACACUUAUCAACCUCCGAGUACUACAAGUAGGCCUUACACUUAUCAACCUCCGAGUACUACAAGUAGACCUUACACUAAUCAACCUCCGAGUACUACAAGUAGGCCCUACACUUAUCAACCUCCAAGUACUACAAGUAGACCCUACACUUAUCAGCCACCGAGUACGACGAGCAAGCCAUACACCUACCAACCCCCACAAACAACGAAGCGGCCAUUCACUUAUCAACCACCGAGUACCUCAACACCAUUCCAAGGAUCUACUUAUUUGCCUCCAGUAGAGACUACAACUUUACGUCCAUAUCAACCCCAAGUAACGACGCAACGUCCAUAUCAACCUCAAGUAACGACGCAACGUCCGUAUCAACCCCAAGUAACGACGCAACGUCCAUAUCAACCUCAAGUAACGACGCAACGUCCGUAUCAACCCCAAGUAACGACGCAACGUCCAUAUCAACCUCAAGUAACGACGCAACGUCCAUAUCAACCUCAAGUAACGACGCAGCGUCCGUAUCAACCCCAAGUAACGACGCAACGUCCAUAUCAACCUCAAGUAACGACGCAACGUCCAUAUCAACCCCAAGUAACGACGCAACGUCCGUAUCAACCUCAAGUAACGACGCAACGUCCGUAUCAACCCCAAGUAACGACGCAACGUCCAUAUCAACCUCAAGUAACGACGCAGCGUCCAUAUCAACCCCAAGUAACGACGCAACGUCCAUAUCAACCCCAAGUAACGACGCAACGUCCGUAUCAACCUCAAGUAACGACGCAGCGUCCAUAUCAACCUCAAGUAACGACGCAGCGUCCAUAUCAACCUCAAGUAACGACGCAGCGAGCUACAUACCUUCCACCUUACUCAACUGCUACCCCGACACGGCCCACAUAUCAACCUUCGACCCAAACGCCGCGUCCCUAUGAACCCACAACGAUAACAUUGCCAACAUACCGACCUCCAAUUACUAAUCAACCUGGCACAAGACCGCCACCAUAUUUACCUCCUUCUUCACCAAGGCCGACUUACACAAAAAUCGAUAUACCCCCGAAUCCUACUGUGCUGUACAGCAUUACCCCGAGCACUAGCAGCCCACGACCUGUUACAGGUGUUCCAUAUCCCCCUCCAACUCUACCCACGGCUACCACUGAACGGGACAACGGGUAUCAGUAUCAAAUUCCUGAUAUUCCAUUUUACUAGCUGAAUUUUGGAAGAGCUUAGGUUAAUGACAUUAUUCCUGUACGCAAAUAAUUUAAUACCCGACCGAUCAAAGUCCCGACAGAAAUGAGCGAUAUUUUUUAAGAAAAUAUAAGAAAUUUAUUACUGUCAACGAAUGAUUCUGUACAUACAUGAAUUGACUCGGUAAUGAUAAAAAUCAUUUUUAUACAUCCAUGUACAAUGUAUAUGCGUUAGAAAGUAAAUAAAAUACCAAUAUUGGUAAUCUUUUUUUAAAUAAAAA